UAAGGAGGGAGGUGGAAUCGCGCUCACGUCUGACCGGAACUCAGACUCCAAUGUAUUUCUACGAGUUCGCUCGCGUAUACGCACGUAACAGACGUUCAGCGUAACACACGUUUACGAAUACACAUUUCGAUCUGCGAGCGUGUGGCACGCAGCUUAACACACACGUACGCGUGUUCGCCAUUCUAUUGGUGGAAGAACUUAGUUGCUGACCGCUGUAGUACAAUCCAGUAGUAUAUAAGGGCGACUCUUCCGCACUGAUCAUUCAUUAUAAGCGCAGGGCAUAACGAGGUAUCACGGUGUAACUUAGUGUGUAUUGGUCCGCUCAGUCUACUCUCGGGGUUGAAAAAUCGGCGCUUCCUCUUCUCACGUUUCCACGGUGUCUUUGGUGGACUUGGUAAUCGCCAGACUGUUUUCCGCUUUCCGGUACAAAGCGUACUUGUGUCUAAGAUUUGACUUUUCACUUACAGCCGGUGAACAUAUCUGCGAUACGAUUCGAUCGCUCUACGAUCGUCUGCGGCGAAAGAGUUGAGACUUUGAGAGACAUUGAGUCUUAUCGCGGAAGAGAAUCCCGACUGAAUCUGCCAACGUCUCUCGUGAAUCGUUGCAAAAUAUGGUUGCUGAAGUUCUGGGAGGAUGGUCUAUUUUGACCAUUUUCUUAUCGGUCUGCCUGUUGUCUCUUUUGUUGACCUUGUUAAUACAGAGGGCAAAGUUUUUAAUUGCCUUGAGGAAUGUACCUUAUCCCACCGCGUUGCCGAUCAUCGGUAAUGCUUAUCAACUCAGUUGCACACAAGAAGAAUUCUUCCAGCAGUUGAUGAAGUGGGCUUACAAAUUUGGCGACAUUUAUCUGAUCUGGGUUGGCCUACGACCUUUCAUCUUUCUGUAUCGAGUAGAAGCGGUGCAACCUCUACUCAGCAGCAGCGUACACAUCGACAAAAGUCUAGAGUAUCAAUACUUAAAGCCUUGGUUGGGUACGGGCCUGGUAACUAGUUCUGGUGAAAAAUGGCACUUUCGCAGGAAGCUAUUGACACCGACCUUCCACAGUGGCCUCCUGGAAACAUACUUGAAAACCGUGAAAGAAGAGACGAACGUCUUAAUUUCCUGCCUUGAAAAAGAAGUGGACAAAUGGUUCGACAUUGUUCCUUAUGCAAAACGCGCCGCUCUUGAUAUUAUAUGCGAUACUGCGAUGGGUUACAAGCUUAAUUCGCAAAAGAACUGCAAAGUCGACUACGUCGAGGCUGUAGAUAAAAUUGCAUCUAUUGUGCAGAUGCGCUUCACAAAUGUAUGGUUAUCAUCUGAUUCAAUUUUCAAGUUAACUAAGACUGGUCAAGAGCACGAUCAUUCACUUCAAAUCAUACAGGAGUUUGUCAACAAGGUAAUCGUAAAAAGAAAAGCCGAAUGGAAACUCAACAGCGAUGACAACUCCAACAAAUCAACGAAGAAGAGACGGGCCCUGCUAGAUUUAUUACUGCAAAUAUCACAAAAUGGCACUGUCCUUUCGGACGAAGACAUUUGUGAAGAAGUAAAUACUUUUAUGUACGCUGGACAUGAUACGAUGGCCACCAGCAUAUCGUGGACACUUUAUGCGCUAGGACGACACCCUGAAUAUCAGGAAAAAAUUUUAGAGGAAUACAAUAAUGUGCUGAACACGGAUGAAAUUACAUUGGAGAAUAUACAAAAAUUAACAUGGUUGGAAGCCUGCAUCAAGGAGCAGUGGAGAUUAUAUCCUGUGGCCCCGCUUAUAGCAAGGCAAAUUUAUAAACCAAUUGAAAUAAUGGGCAAUCAAAUUCCACCGGGCUCGACAGUUCUCAUCAACUCCUAUUUACUACAUCGUGACGACCGUUAUUUCCCAGAGCCGCACAUUUAUCGUCCGGAGCGAUUCUUGCCCGACAGUCCCAAGUUACCUCCUUACGCUUUCAUACCCUUUAGCGCUGGCUCGCGCAAUUGCAUCGGCUGGAAAUUUGCCACAUUAGUGAUUAAAGUGGCCAUCUUAUCUCUACUGAAAGCCUUUCGUGUGGAGGCUCUCGACAAAGAGGACCAAUUGCGUUUUAUAUCCGAAUUGGUGUUGGUCAACGCAAACGGACUUCGUCUUAAAAUCACACCGCGUUAACGCGAACAUUCUUCUUUUUCUAUGUCCUAAAACGGAUUUCCGACUACGAUCCAGAAAUCAGGAUCCACGAUACCACAAUUAAUUUGUGGUUCUAACAUUCCAGUGGAUUGCCUCCUCGAGAUGUAGGAAGUUUCUAUACUAUGGCUUAAAGCUUAAAACUCUAUUGUAGAUCCGGAGUAAGUCCGGAUCUACAAU